CCAGUUAUAAUCAUGAACUCUGUAUGCAGUAGCUCCAGAUGCACCACAGGAAAACAGGCUGACUGAAAUCCACAACUUCAGAGUAGACCACGCAACUUCUGAAAGAAGUUACAAUACUUAGAAAAAAGUUACCUCUUCAUUUAGGAAGAUUUCAGGUGCUUCAUACUUGAUUUGCUUUUUUACCAACACAAUGAAGGAAAUGUCCUGCUUCUGCAUGACUUUUUCUUCCUUGUUGGAACAGAUGGUGAAGGCUUACAAAUACAUGACUGGUAUUUUUUCAGUGACUCAUACCUCAGAGCAACAGGCUUCAGAUCGCGAUAAGCCACCAACCAAGAUGGAUGUAAGCGUACUUGAGGAGCAGUAUGACCAUAUAAAACAGAAGCAAAAACUGCAAUCGCACAUUAUUGUAUUUAAAACAGGUGAACAGGAAUCUGUUCUCCCAGAAUCAAUGGUCAAUGCUGUUUUAAUUAAUAAAAAAGUUAGAAGAUCAAAGUCAUUUACCGAAUGUGUUCCUGUCAGAAAGGUCAGACUGGAGAUGACCAACAGUGGCAACAUACAAGACAACUCCCCAUGGCGUACCCACCUGGGAAUUCACCGCCUGGUGCAAGCCCCUUGUUACGGAGUUCCCUGGGAUCAUUCCCACUGCAAGAACAGACCAUGCAGUUUUGACAAUCAGAGACUGAUUUCAAAGGGAAACGGCAUACUGCAACCCAUGGAAUUAGACAGAGCAAGUGAACUAUCCGCUCCCAGUCAACUGGGAAGUUCAAGCACGUUGAACAGUUUCAGCAAAGAGAAUGGCAGCAACAUUGCAAGCACCUGCCAAAAACCUCUGCUGAAAUCAGCCACUUCAGCAGUUUGGACACAUCAGCAUACUACUUCUACAAAAUGCAUGCCAGCCUGCAACAAACUAAACUUUUACCCUUUCCCUAAUAAAAAAGGGCCCAGAAUUUCUGAAGCAGCAAGGAGGCUUGGAUUAUAUGUCUCACAAUGAAGACAUUCAGUAAUACAUAAAACUUAAGUCAAAAACUUGACUAAAACUUAAAAUAGCAAAAUAGUCUUCCUAGUUACACUGAUCAACCUGCCGAAGGUCUACUACUUCUAUUAGCCAAGGAAGAUCCUUACUAUGUAAUCUGUUGUUUUACAGUACACUGUAAAAUGAGACGUUCUCAUGAAGAUGCUGGGCUGCAGUGACAGAUACUCACUUCUGUCAUUUGAAAUAUAAGAGCAAUUUUAUGUUUUAUUUUGUUUUUCCUAUGUUCAUGUUACUGAUGUUAGAAACUAAGAUUUUAUCACAGCAAUAUUUGAAAUAUCUGAAGGAGCUAUAGCAGAGACUAGCAGAACUACUGAUGAAGCAAGUAGGCUAAUUUUAAGUAUGAUAUGAUUUAAUUAGACAAUAAACAAAUAACAAAACAGUAUUGAAGGUGAUUGGUACACUUAACGUAUGAUUUCAUCAUUCACUUCCCUUGAAAAAAGAUAUUCAAGAUACUCUGAUGUGUGUAAUUUUAAAACCAAUUAAUAAAAUC